AUGACCCGUACUGGGAGUAGCGGGAGUAAUAGAUUUGAUGGAGACAGGGUCUUCACAGUGACGAAAGAGGAAAUCGAACACUUUACAUUCAUAGGGCUACAAUUGCAAGGAUCCUCACACACAUUUCUAGAGAAUCCCUUCGCAUAUAUAACACGAUCAUCUUCACAAAAAUGGCUGCCACCAUUGCUUGAGUUGGCUCAAGCUACGAUCGACAAUCGGAGCUCAAAGCUUUCGUCCAAAAAAAAAAAAACAGGCGUCAAAGGCCUCGUUGAUGCCGGAAUUUGGAAAAUCCGUCCCAUUCUCUUCCAUCCACGGGACACCACUCCCAAAAUAUCCAUCGCUGCUGUCAAGAUUCCAGUCAUAUACCUUCAAUCGACCCAUAGAGCAUCGAUGGUGGAGAUGAUUCGUGAAGCCACCGCGAACCUAGGUAUUUUUCAGGUGGUGAAUCAUGGGAUUCCUGUGAGUGUUAUGGAUGAGGCAGUUCCAGCAGUUUGUAGAUUUUACGAACAAGAUGAAGAGGUAAAGAAAGGGUUUUACACGAGGGAUCUUUCGAGUACACUAGUGUAUAACAGUAAUUACGAUCUGUAUAGUUCCCCCGCCUUGAACUGGAGAGACACCUUCUUUUUCAUUUAUGCCUCCGUCACCUCCGCCGCCUGA